ACCAUUCUCCACAUUCCUCCCUCAAUAAUCCGUCCGACUCCGGCAAUCUCUGCGGCAACCACUGUAUCCUCGCGUCCACCGUCCGUAGCGACCAGAAGAUGAGUUCUGCCGGCGGCGGGAGGGGCAAGGGCAAGGCGGUGUCCAAGACCGUCUCGCGGUCUUCCAAGGCCGGCCUCCAGUUCCCCGUCGGCCGCAUCGCCAGGUACCUCAAGAUCGGCAAGUACGCCCAGCGCGUAGGCGCCGGCGCCCCCGUCUACCUCUCCGCCGUCCUCGAGUACCUCGCCGCUGAGGUCCUGGAGCUCGCCGGCAACGCUGCGCGCGACAACAAGAAGACCCGGAUCGUGCCGCGCCACAUCCAGCUGGCGGUCCGCAACGAUGAGGAGCUGAGCCGGCUUCUGGGCGCGGUCACCAUCGCCGCCGGUGGUGUGCUGCCCAACAUCCACACCACGCUGCUCCCCAAGAAAGUCGGCAAGGGCAAGGGCGACAUCGGCUCCGCGUCCCAGGAGUUCUAGAGCCUCGCAGAUCAAACCAGCAUCAUCACAGAAGAUUUGAGGACUCUGUUCUUUUUCUAGUAUGGCGAUGCUUUAGGUUGUUAGAUUAGUUCUCGUCAAUGUUUUGGUUGGUGUAUCGAUGAUGAAUCUGGUUGGAAUGAAAUACUGGCAAUCUGGUUCUUAUUAUUACUCAUUCUGAUAUGUCAACAUGAAAACAUCUUAUUGAUCUU